AAUUAAAGUGCUGAAAGUGUUUUCGAAAAGUAAAUUGUGAAAUUUUUUUGCUUGUGAUAUUUAAAAACAACAAUUCAAUAUGAGUGAUCCACAUUAUGAAAGUGCUAAUAAUCUACAAACAGCAACAAAUUUUAACUCUGCACUACCUCGUCGCUUUUCUUUAACAAGUUUAGUGGUGUUUUGCUGCAUCUUUUCGCACAUUCAUUCAAUCUGGAGAAUCGUUUGCCAAUAGUCACGUAUGGACCACAUGCGAAUGCAUAUUUUAGCUAUUUCAUAGCAACACGAAUACAAUUAGAAUAACAUAAAAUGCCCCACCCAAGUAACGAGAGCGCACCGGAAUGCCCACAUAAACACACGUAUACGACGGGCAAUAACAACAACAACUAAAACAAUUACAAAAAUUCAAAAUAAAGCUCAGUCAGAGAUAGCGACGAUGACAACAAUAAUAAUGAACAUUAAAACAGCAACUAGAACCCACCAUUAAAACCAGCAACACGAACAGUGCAACAACAAAUACGACAACGACACCAACGAACCAACACGUAGAUGACAGAAAUCCACGAGAAGCUCACAACUCACAACGACCGCAGCGAUAGAGCAUAAAGCAAAACAACAAAAACAAAAGUGAAAGCAAAACAACAAAAACAAAAGCGAAAGCAAAAAAUCGAAAAAAAAACAAACAAACGGAAGUGCCUCACAUAGCAGGAGUGGGAAGGAAAAACAGCAAAAUAACCACGCAGCGCAGCGUAAAUGUAAUCCUAGACUCGAUUAUUCGAUGCUAGAAACACUGGUGGCGGCAGCAGGUCUAGUAGUCUGUGGAAAGGGAAUAAGGGGAGCCAUAGAUAACAGCACAAGCAGUUGAGUGCAAGCUGCGGUGGGGGUGCGGAGCUACAGUGAAAGGAGUGACAGACAGGAGUAAGGAAAGCGGCAGGCAGCCAAUAGGAUGAGCAGGCAAAACUGAGUGACGGGCAUUCUUGUAGAAAUCCAGCAGCAAAAACCAGCCAAGUAAACAAAUUAAAGUGCUGUCUAAAAGCAGAGAGCGAAAGCGAAUGAGAAUGGCGAUAAAAAUUUAACAAUACCGAAAUACAACAAAAAAGGAGAUUACAGAAAUCAAAGCCAACGGGCUCAAAGCAAAGAUACAAUGAUAAUUUACUUAAAUUAACCCAAUCCAUCCAUUAAAAGGUAUUAAAGGAACGAAAACGGACGCAAAAAAAAAAAACACAAAAACAAAAACGAGCAUGCAAACAGAAUGCCAGAAGUGAGAGACAAGCGAACGAGGCACGGAGUGUAAAAGUACGGUGAAAAAGAUGUCAAAGUAAAGCGAUAAGCAGACACGGAAUCUGGAUCUAUAGAUACGCUGCGCAUAGUAGUGAAGUGCUUGAAAGCAAGAAUACGAGCAACAGCAGCAACAAAAACAAUAUCAGUAUUAGCUGAUGAACAAAAUAAUUCUACGAAAAAGUGGACGUAGCACGGACGUAAAACAAGCGGUAAAGCUUAACGGCGUCAAAGCAGAAGCAGAGUGCCGUUAACGGUUCUGAGAGAAGGUGGCGCAGAGAGGCAAGGUUGUAGAGGAGGUUGCAUAGAGAGGCAAAGCUUGAAAGCGGAAGCUGAUGCUGACGCUGAUUGACAGCGCACAACCAGCGGAAGCAGUCAUAUGAUCCGCAAAAUGAAGGGAUUAAGUUUUAGUCAAAAAGCAAACAAGCGACGAAAAAACGUUCAAACCAACGACCAAACACCAAGCGGCAACACAGCAUUGCCAACACGCGCAGCGUGCACCAACAACAACAACAAGGUGAACAAGCUGAAAAUAUGCAAAACGACAACAAUAACACAAGCUCAUAACGGUAACGCCGCACAGCUGACAACACCAUUAAUAUGUCGGAACAAUAACAAGAAAAACAGCUGCAACAGCGUAGGUAGCCAGCGCCGCUACUGCAGCAACAGCAGCAAUUCAACACCACCACCGCCCACCUUCAACCAGCACCACAACCACCAACACCAGCAUUGCCUCGCCUCGGGCCAGCUGACGUACAAAAUGCCAUUGCCACUGCUGUCAAUAUGUAAAACAACAACAACAACUACAAUGGCUUUCGAUGUGUCCGCGGACGAGCAGCUGGAAAGUGUUCAAAAUCGUUGCCUUGCCCAUUACAAAGAGCAACAACGUCAGCGAAAAACAACAACAACAACAUGCGCACCCACCAAACUCACCCAAAACCAUCGCCAACACCAACAACCAGCAACCACUCGCACAUUGUCUUGUUUCAGCAAAUCUUUGGCAACUUUGUCAUUGCGCUCACUGUUGUCUCGCCAUCAUCAGCUCUUCCAUUUGCAGCAACACCUCCGACAGCUGCACCUCCACCUCCACUUUGGCAUCGCCGUCAUUGUGCUGGCCUCCAUUUUAAUGUAUUCAUGCCCAUGCGCGUCGGCCUUGCGUCUCACAAAUGGCGGCAACACUAAAACUUUAUCCGCUAAUAAGGAGCAAUUAAAUAUUGGCCUAAUUGCACCGCACACAAAUUUUGGCAAACGUGAAUAUUUACGCGCCAUUAACACCGCCGUACAGGGUCUGGCGAAGACACGCGGUGCCAAGCUGACGUUCCUGAAAGACUAUUCAUUUGAACCGCGUAAUAUACAUUUUGAUAUGAUGUCGCUGACGCCGAGUCCGACAGCCAUUUUGAGUACACUCUGUAAAGAGUUCUUACAAGCGAAUGUCUCUGCCAUACUAUAUAUGAUGAAUAAUGAACAAUUCGGCCAUAGCACUGCCUCCGCUCAAUAUUUUCUACAAUUGGCCGGCUAUCUUGGCAUACCGGUAAUCUCAUGGAAUGCCGACAACUCGGGUCUGGAGAGACGCGCCUCUCAAUCGACACUUCAACUUCAGUUAGCUCCAAGUAUAGAACAUCAAAGUGCUGCUAUGUUGAGCAUUCUAGAGCGUUACAAAUGGCAUCAAUUUUCGGUUGUCACCUCUCAGAUAGCCGGACACGAUGAUUUUGUACAGGCUGUAAGGGAGCGUGUCGCCGAAAUGCAAGACCAUUUCAAAUUCACGAUACUCAAUUCGAUUGUGGUAACGCGCACCAGCGACUUGAUGGAAUUAGUGAAUAGCGAGGCUAGAGUGAUGCUCCUCUAUGCCACACAAAGCGAAGCGGUUACUAUUCUUAGAGCUGCUGAAGAAAUGAAGUUAACUGGCGAAAAUUAUGUGUGGGUCGUCAGUCAAUCGGUUAUCGAGAAGAAGGAUGCACAAACACAAUUUCCCAUUGGCAUGUUGGGCGUACACUUCGACACAAGUAGUGCGGCGCUGAUGAAUGAAAUAUCGAAUGCGAUUAAAAUUUAUGCGUUCGGCGUUGAAACAUACCUCACAGAUCCGGCAAAUCGGGGGCGACGUCUCACAACACAAUCACUUUCGUGUGAGGAUGAGGGACGUGGACGUUGGGAUAACGGUGAAAUCUUCUUCCGUUAUUUGCGCAACGUAUCCAUAGAGGGUGAUCUGAAUAAACCCAACAUAGAAUUCACUGCCGAUGGCGAUCUCAAAUCUGCUGAAUUGAAAAUCAUGAAUUUACGUCCUGGAGCAAACAAUAAGAAUCUCGUUUGGGAAGAGAUUGGCGUGUGGAAGUCAUGGGAGACGCAAAAGCUUGAUAUACGUGACAUUGCCUGGCCGGGUAACUCGCAUGCUCCACCACAGGGUGUACCCGAAAAAUUCCAUUUAAAGAUAACAUUCCUCGAAGAGGCACCCUAUAUCAAUCUCUCGCCCGCCGACCCAAUCAGUGGCAAAUGUCUAAUGGAUCGCGGCGUCCUUUGUCGGGUCGCGGCCGAUCACGAGAUGGCCGCUGACAUCGAUGUCGGGCAAGCGCAUCGCAAUGAAUCGUUCUAUCAGUGUUGUAGUGGCUUUUGCAUCGAUCUACUGGAAAAAUUUGCCGACGAAUUGGGUUUCACAUACGAAUUGGUGCGGGUCGAAGAUGGUAAAUGGGGUACACUUGAGAAUGGUAAAUGGAAUGGGCUGAUUGCGGAUUUGGUAAAUCGUAAAACCGACAUGGUAUUGACAUCGCUGAUGAUCAAUACCGAACGCGAAGCUGUGGUGGACUUCAGUGAGCCAUUCAUGGAAACUGGUAUUGCGAUAGUAGUGGCUAAGCGUACGGGUAUUAUAUCACCAACAGCUUUUCUAGAACCAUUCGAUACCGCCUCUUGGAUGUUGGUCGGUAUUGUGGCGAUACAUGCUGCCACAUUUAUGAUAUUCCUUUUCGAAUGGCUUUCGCCAAGCGGUUACAAUAUGAAACUUUAUCUACAAAAUGCUAGUGUAACGCCAUACCGUUUCUCGCUUUGUCGCACCUAUUGGCUUGUGUGGGCGGUACUCUUUCAGGCUGCUGUACAUGUGGACUCACCGCGCGGUUUCACCUCACGAUUCAUGACGAACGUGUGGGCUCUAUUCGCUGUGGUCUUCUUGGCCAUCUACACUGCUAACUUGGCUGCCUUCAUGAUAACGCGAGAGGAAUUUCAUGAAUUCAGCGGUCUGAACGACAGCCGUUUGGUACAUCCCUACUCGCACAAACCCUCAUUUAAGUUCGGUACAAUACCUUACAGUCACACCGACUCGACUAUACACCAAUAUUUUAAGGAAAUGCAUCACUACAUGAGACAAUACAACAAAACUAGCGUCGCUGAAGGCGUAGCCGCCGUACUCAAUGGCAAUCUCGACUCGUUCAUCUACGAUGGCACUGUGCUCGAUUAUUUGGUGGCACAAGAUGAGGACUGCCGCUUAAUGACCGUCGGCAGCUGGUAUGCCAUGACAGGUUAUGGUCUCGCAUUUAGUCGCAAUUCAAAAUACGUCCAAAUGUUCAACAAACGUCUAUUAGAAUUUCGCGCCAAUGGCGAUCUGGAGCGUCUACGUCGUUACUGGAUGACGGGCACAUGUCGUCCCGGCAAACAGGAGCAUAAAUCCUCCGAUCCACUUGCGCUAGAACAGUUCUUAUCCGCUUUCCUACUACUUAUGGCUGGUAUUCUCUUUGCCGCAUUACUACUUCUGCUCGAACACAUCUAUUUCAAGUAUGUACGAAAACGUUUAGCCAAAAAAGAUGGCUGUCAUUGUUGUGCGCUGUUGUCACUGUCAAUGGGCAAAGCUUUGACAUUUCGCGGUGCAGUUUUUGAGGCAACGGAAAUACUGAAAAAACAUCGCUGCAAUGAUCCCAUUUGUGAUACACAUCUGUGGAAAGUAAAGCAUGAAUUGGAUAUGUCACGUUUACGUGUACGACAAUUGGAGAAAGCGUUGGAUCAGCAUGGCAUUAAGCCGCCGCAAUUGAGAUUGACGUCAUCGACGGAUAUGUUGAAUCAUCAUCAUCUGAAAGAACGGCCACCGUUGUUGGGCAAUUUGAGUUUAGCUGCGAGUGCACAAGAUUUAUACAGGUGGUCUUACAAAACGGAAAUUGCGGAAAUGGAGACGGUGCUGUAAGAGACCACACACCGCAACAAAUACCACCGCACGCCACCACAUGCCAACAACAUCAACACCACCAAUAUACAUACAUACAUGUAGGAACUGGGCGACCGCCACCACCACACAAGACGCGCUGUCUGAAGAUGAGCCACCACUAACUAAUGCUUCAAAGCAAAUGAGUGAUGCUGCCUGUCUGCCUUGCUGGCUUCUAACCAAUAACUCGACGGCAUGCGGAAGCAAUAGAUUUCAGUAGGAAAUGAGCACAAAUGCUAAUAACGGUAUGAUAUUUGAAUCCCAUGUAAAAAGUGUUUAGGAAAUAUCAGGUGGCAAGGAGCAAAGCGCAACGAACGGAAGGCAGCGGGCAGCGCAGCUGUCGAUGAAGCGAAAUCUUGCUCGUUUUGCAAGGAUCCACAGCAAUAAGUUAACAAUGCCAGCAACAGUUGUAAAGAGUAAUACAUGCACACACAAAUAUACAUGCAUCUAUUUGUGUGUAUAUGCGGGCAAAGCUUGGAAUUUGAAUAAUGAUUGAGCUGAGAAAAAACAAACAAAAAUAAAUAAAUAUGAACCAACAACAGCAGCAACGCAUCAAAAAUAAACAUUGUAUGUAGUAUUUAUAUAUAUAUAUGUAUAUGUAUGAGUGUGAAUAAUAUUAAGAGCCAAAGGAGAAAUUCAAAUUCAAACACGAACUUAAUGAUUACAAGUAAUAAUUAUCAAUAAUUAAUAAUAAUAACGAAUAAUACUAACAAGAUGACAUGCUAAACACAGUUAUAAAUCAAAAUAGUUUUAUUGAACAUAAAAAACUCUAAAAAAAUAAUGCAAACGAACAAUAAAAGCGAGCGAGAUUUAUUGCGAAAGGCAACAAAAACAUUGAAAUGCGCAAAGCAAAGGUUUAAGGGGUUCUAACCACUUGUAAGUACGAAAAAGUUAGUUUUUUGUGAUUUUUUUUUUGAAGAAAUUACUUAAUGAAAUAAAUUUAAACAAUUUCUUGUACUUUAAUAAUCGGUGAUUCAUUUUUAAAAAAAUGGAGUAACUUGCUUCCUGGCGGUGAGGAAAAAUUUUCGGCUUAAAACUAACUCAAAUUCAAAAUCAAAAAAAUAUUUUUAAUAUUGCUGAAUUGCAAGUAUUAAUCGAAGGACUUGUCCAUAUUUUGAUUUUUUUUUGUCAAAAUGACGGCUUCACAAAAGUAAAAGGUGCUUUUAUACCCUGAACAGGGAUCUUAAGUUUACAAAAAAGUUUGUAACAAAUAGCUGGAAACGUUUGAGACCACAUAAAGUAUAUAUGUAUAUAUAUUAGAAAUGAUCCGUUUUACGAGCUAAGUCGGUUAAGCCAUGUCCGUCUGUGUGUCUGUCUGUAUAUGAACUAGUCACUCAGUUUUUUAAAUCUGAAAUUUUCCACCCACACCACUAUAACAUAUAGCUGUCAUACAAACUGAACAAUCGGUAUCGAUUGCUUGUAUGGAAAAUUUUUUUCAUUUGACGAGAUGUCUUCGAAAAAAAAUUUCUUACCGACUCUAGAAACAGUGUUUUGAGAAAAAACGCUUUAAAAUUUUGGGAGCCGAUUAAAAGUUCUUGCAAUUCUUUUUUAUUUAAUUUUAAAAUUCUUACAUAUACGCUUCUAUAUCCGAAACUGUUUGCGAGAAAUAACCCCUUAAUACAAACGUUGAAUAAAAAGUUCAGUGAAAUACAACCUUAAAAUGCGCGCAAGAUUUAAACAAAAACAUUUUAAAUAAAAAAUAUAAACUAAAAAAAUUGAAAUGUCUUAAGAAAUAAUUGUUUAGAUUAAUAAUGCAAACAAUAAAUAUUAAUAAUAAUAAUUAUAAAAAAAUGUAAACGGCCAACAAGCCACACAGCUAUGUACUAUAUGCACUAAACAGAACUUUUAAACUGUACACACAGGUCCACGCACACGCAUUAGAUAAGUCCACCUUUAAAGCUUUACAAAGUGCAAGCAGGUGUGUACAGUUUAGCGGUUGUGUGCGCUUCACCAGUACACUUCCAUGCUUAAGGCAACAAAAACAAACACUAAAUUCACUAAAUUUAAUAACACUAGUUUAAUGUAUGAAAAAUAAAAAGAAAAAAACAACAAAACAAAAAAUUAAUAUAAAAAAUAAAAACAAGAAACGAAAAUAAAAAAGAAAACCAGAGACAAAAACAAAAAAACCAAAGCAAAAAAUUAAAACUCAAUUACAAUUAAGGCAAACCCAACUCAUACUCGUAAAUGCCUCAAAUUUGUUAUUCAUUUGUUAUUACAUAUGUACAUACAUAUAUGUGUAAAGGUUUUCGAGUGUAAUUAAGCUUAAUUAAAAUUAGCAUACAUACACAUAACUAAAUGUAUGUAUAAAAAGCUACAUAAUUUGUCAUUAAAUUACUUGAAAAUCGUUUUUAAAAAAACCGAAGUGAAAAUUGACUGACAAAUACUAAAAAUUGCAAAGCACAAAGUAAACAACUAAAAUUCAAGAUGUUGAAAAGCACAAAACAGACAAGUGGGCUCUAAUAAGACAGCAGUAUUUUAAAAUAGAUUUAAAAAAUGGCAUAAAACAUGUCGUAAAUUGUAGAUACAACACAAGCCAUAUUUUAUGGCAAAUUGUGCACUAAAUGAAGACGUUAACAGAUGUAUAAACUGCUUGCUAGGUAAAUCACGUGGUAGAAGUAAAAAGUCUCAAGCAGUAAAUGAGCGAUAACGGUAUUCUAAAAUCAAACUUGAAAGCACUCUGCAAGAAGCUUUGACAUUCUCUACAAUAUUUUGUGCUUAAACUGCUUUAAAUGCUGCAAUUCAAUUUUCACACAGCUGUUGCUCGGUUUUCUGUAGUCGCAGGUACCUAACACAAGUCAAAAUUAUUUAAUAGUUUCUAUAAAAGAAAUAUAGAGAAUAUAAUUGUUAUAUAUGCAAGUCGAACAAACAGUAAAGUUUGUGUAAGAAAUGUUUAAAGUUUAAGAAAUGGAGUUACAGCGAAAUGUUUGUUUGUUUUUUUUUUGUCGUUUAAAAACUUUAUGCGAUAGUAAAUUUGAUAUGAUUUAACAUG